GUGAAGACCUUCCGUGAGAAGUAUCUGGAAACCGAAACCACGGUCCAUCCAGAGGAGAGGACUCCGGAGCAGAAGCAGGACAUCCUCAGUUUCGUUCUCAAGCUUAGCGAUAUAGGCGGAAGCGCGAAGCCCUUCACGCUGCACGCGCAGUGGGCCACGCGAAUAAAUGCAGAGUUCUUUCUGCAGGGCGACUUGGAAAGAGAGGUUGGCCUGCCCUGCUCGCCGUUCUGCGAUCGGAAGGUGCACAAGGUCGCUGAAAGCCAGCAAGGCUUCUAUACCUAUAUCGUCUCGCCGCUCUACGAUUGCCUCUCCAUGUUCAUGAGGAGUCCGCGACUCGACCUGGAGGUUAUGCAGAACAUCCAGUCCAACAUUACUUUCUGGAAGAGGUACGAUGGCUGCAGGUUCAACUACAACGACCCCGUGGCCAGCGCGCCGGAUCUGGUGAAGCUCUUCCUGGCCACCGGCGCCGCUCGCGUGAACAGCGAUGCUGAAAUGCCAAUCGUGAGCGACGACUCCAUGGCUGUGGAGGAUGACCUGCCAGGUUCUUCGAAUCGAAUCCGCGCCCACUCCCAAGGCCUUCCUCGAGUUCAGUCGCAAUUGGACUGA